AUGAAAAGGAGACGCACUGAAGUCGAUGACCAUACAGACGGGGAAUCUUCCCCGAAGUAUGCGAAGAGAUCCAUAGAGGACACAUUGGCCUCCUCGAGCACAGCAUCCCGCGGGGAUAAUGGAGCCCCCGCCGACCACGAGGGCGAUGCCCUCGAGAUCAACACUGACACAUCAAGCAAGACCGACUUCGAGGACGAUCUCCCCGAAGACGGAUCAAUACCCGACACUGUCCCAGUGUCGAAACAAGAGCUUCUGCCAUCGCAGCCGACGUCCCCCGCACACGAUAAUGGAGGAUCAAGGCAGGCACCUUACAUGUCCACUCCUUGGAACUGCCACAUCUGCUUAGAAGGCUUCCAUCGGGAGAAAGAGCGCAAGAACCACUGCCUGACAGACAAGCAUGCCAGGCGAGAGGCCGAGAUUGGAGACAUCCAAGGAGACAUCAAGGGCCCAAGGCCUUUCAAGUGCGAGGAGCAUGGUUGCCAAAAGGCGUUCGGCCGAAAAGACGCGCUGAUGAGGCAUAGACGGGAGGUGCACAAGAUUCUAGAUCAAUCAGCGAAGAAGCCAAGGGCAACGGCGAGGGCGCAGGUGAAGGCCAAGGGGACGAAAGCGGGGGCGAAGACGACGAAGGCGAGGACGAGGACGAGGACAAAGACGGAGAGAAGCGCGAAGAACAAGUGA